UCCUUCUUUUCUUCUUGAGUGCGACCAAAACAUGGCUGAUGUCGAUGACCAGUGUUCAGACGAAGAAGUUUGCGAAAAAGUAAGCGAUUCAGACGACGACCCCGAUGAAUAUGUAUUUGCACCUAUAGAUAAACUUGGUGUUGUGGGAACAUGGAUUCGACAUCGUCUUCUGGUCUCCAUCCUUAUGGGAACGCCUCCCCUCGUCGCCAUUCAGAGGAUGCGCACACCAUUUGGUGUCAAGAUGAUGAAACUUUGCAGCUUUUUUGGCACUGAGGAGUUUUACACUCCACUUGUGUGCUUUCUGACUUGGGUAGUUGAUGCAAGGUUAGGAAGACUUUUGUGUUUUUUGAUGGGAAUUGGUUUUUAUGUGGCAGGAGCCAUGAAGAAUCUCCUGUGUUUGCCAAGGCCGUCCAACCCUCCUAUUAUCCCGAUGGAGGAAAACUCAUUUGAAACAUGGGGAUUGCCAAGCCAUCAUGCUAUCCUUGCAGUCUUAUUACCAUGGUACAUCUGGUUUUACUCAAUGCUGCAUUUCAACUUGCCUUACUGGGGAUUUGUCAUUCUUUUUGUUCUUAUAGUUCUUUGGUCUAUUUUAGUCAUGAUGAGUAGACUAUAUCUCGGUGUUCAUAGUCCUGCCGAUAUUGUUGUUGGUGGUAUUAUAGGAUGUAUUAUCCUAGCUAUCUGGUUGAAAACUGAUGAUAUGUUUGACCUGGGUUUGUGCUAUGGAUCUAAUGUGAUUGCCAAGUCUCUUAUAUAUUCUCUACUUUUACUGUUUAUUCAUCCUCAACCAGAAGCAGAAACAAAUUCUUAUUUUGAAACUAUAUGUAUGGCUGGAGUUACCGUUGGGGUUGCAAUAGGAAGAGCUACCUUCACCAAACACUCAACAAUACUAAAAGCAGUGUUUGAAUCAGCACAAGAAAACACGACUUGGUUCACCAUUGCUUGGGUUUCUCUCCUUAAGCUUACACUUGGAUACAUUUUAGUAAUCCUAACAAGAAUGGUAUUCAAGCAAAUCUUUAUGAACCUUGUUGGUCUUGCACUAAGAGUUGUUGAUAUUGAGUACUUUAGCAGUAGGAAAAUAGAAAACUUCUACUUCCACACAGAUUACUCUGCUUCAUUUAAGCUUCCUCCCAUUGAAAAACAGAAGAAAAAGAAAAGACUCAGUAAAGUAAGAUCCAGGCCAGAAAACAUCAGAAGCAAGUGGAAUAUUGAGUAUCCAGUGAGGUAUUUGACUUAUGCUUGUAUGGGCUGGAUGUGUAUAUGUGGAACUCCAUUACUGUGCCAAUCCCUUGGACUGACAGUUCAAUAAAAACACUGCAGCAGCUAUAGCUAACAAUUCUUUUAUUUUCRUGAAUUUCUGUUGGGUCUUUCUAUGGGUGAUCCCUCAUAUACSAAAGAGAGUCUACACUUAAGGCGCAUUUAAAGUUUUAAGUACAAAUGUUUUCAUCUAAUCAAGUCAUCUUCAAACUUUAAAUAUGCGUCAAGUUUUUAAAACAUUGAUUCUUUUGUUUUGGGGWUUUCAAAAAGCAAUGCCGUGUAAACUAAAAAAAUGUUUUUUAGCUAUGAAUUAGCUUAUACUCUAUACCUAUAAAUAUACAUUUAAGCUAUUUGUAAUUAUAUUAUAAAAUUCUUCUUUAGCAGGAAGCAGUAUAUUUUUUUAAUUGGGAUUCCUGUUUGUAUAGAAAGUUUGUGGAGUCUGGGAGCAAACGUCCACCUCCAAGCAUUAAAAAGCACAGGAAUCCCAUACUAAUAAAUACUGUGCUUCUAUGAAAGAAUAAUUCUUAUUAUUAGCUUGAUUCAUAAGGUUCUCCGUUAGAUGCAAUAACAAUAGGUUGCCAUUAUUGGGGAACAAUAUUGUAGAUAAAUAGAAAUUUUGUAUUGUAAAACAUAGCCACCAUAAUGUCAUUUUCUUUUGUUAAAAGUAYAGAACAAACUAAAAGAAAUAUCUAAACCAAAUUGUGUAUAAAAUAGAAAUUAUUUUGGAGAGCAUUCAAAAUCAUUAGAAAUGCUUUUUCRGUUGUUCUGGGGUUUCACUUUUUUACUUCAUUUAGCAGGUGUCACGUCUGUGUAAGAAGUACAAAUAAUGACAGUCGUCUGUUCCUUUUUAUCUUUUAUAUUGUAUAAAAUGYGUCUUGUGUUGUUUGGCUUAAUGGRAAAAUAAUCUUUGGGUUCUUUUUGCUAUGUAUUUAAACUGUAAUCAUUUGGAAAUUCUGUAUUUAUGUAUCUCAAAAUGUUGGUAACUGGCACUCAAUUAUUUCAAUCUGACUUGGUGGACAUUAAUAACAUUUAGUAGGUUAGUUUACAUUGUCAUGAGAGUACAGUGUACUUUGUGAAAUUAGUGGUUGCUCUCCUUUUGGCAGUGCUCUGUUUUGAGCAUAAUCUUGACAGUUUUUCAGUAAUAACAUAACAGAAUGGACAGUAUUGUUAGAUAAAACUAAUAUUUUUGAGAUUUUGAAUAUUAUUAUUGAUCUACAAUAUUAGUGGUUUUUGUCRGAUUUACAUGAGUAAUAUAUGAAGUAAUUCUAAGAAAAUUUAUCUUCAUGGUAGGAUAAAUAUGAAAAAAUGAUAUGAUAAAUAUAAAACUGAUUACAUUGUUUUAUUUCUUUUGAUAUACAGCCAAUCUUGAAAUGGUUGUCCACCCAAUAGGACAUCCCAAUUGCCAUGUGACUUAUAACAACAUUCCAUUUGAAUUGUGUUAAACGGGUCUAGAAUGUCAGGUGUGUUUUAGUGGAGAAAUGAAAACAUUUUUAAAACUCAAAACAGACAUUAAAGAAUGUGCAGAAACUGAAGAAACAUCAAGACAAUAGUCUUCUUCACAGUUCCCUACUGCAUCUUGAAAGGUAGCUGUGCCUUUGCAUCGAAGCGAGACAACCGUUGAGCGUGCAAUGAUAGAAACCUCACAUCUAGAGACAAUUAUACUCACAGGUUCUAUCAUUGCACGCUCAACGGUUAUCUGGCUUGGAUGACAAGGCACAGCUACCUUUCAAGAUGGUGCAGCGAACCAUGAAGGAGAUUAUUAUUGGAAAAUUAUCUUUUUAGGUGGAAACCUUUUCAAGAUCUGCUGUAUCAAUAGUAUGAUUUAUCAAUAGAUUAUAAGUAUAAAGCAA